AUGGGACAACUUAUUAGUGGCCUUUGGUCGGUUUUCAACCCUAAUCGGCACUACAAAUUGCUCAUCCUUGGACUCAACAAUGCGGGCAAAACAUCAAUUUUGUACCACCUGCAACUUGGACACAGUAUAGCGACACAACCGACACUUGGAGGGAACGUCGAGCAGCUGAGCAUUUCGCAUGGAUCUAAUAAUAACAAAAUCGAAGUUUCUUGCUGGGACCUUGGGGGUCAAGAGCAGCUGCGUGACUCCUGGCGCCUUUACUACGAUCAAACGGAUGCCGUAAUAUUUGUGGUGGAUGCCGCUGACCCCUCCCGCUUUCCUGCGGCGCGAAGUGUUCUCCAUAAAAUAUUAGCCAAUGAACCACAACUCCGCCAGGCGGUGCUUUUGGUGCUGGCUAACAAACAAGAUAUGGAAGGAGCGGUGAGUCCCGCCGAUCUCAUCGAAUCAUUGGGGUUGGCUGCUGUAAAUGAUCGAACUUGGACACUGAUGGGAUGCAGUGCAUCAAAAGGUGAUUCUCUUCGGGAGGCUAUGUCAUGGAUUGCGCAAAGAAUAGGAGACCGCAGACCUGCGAGCAGUGCGUGA